AUGCAGAGCCUCUACCAGGCUGCUGGCCGGAUUCUCAUUCCUCUGGGGGCUCUCAGUGUGUUCUCUGGAGUAAUUGCCUUCUUCCCAGUCUUUUCUUACAAGCUUUGGUUCACGGGCUGGAGUGUCUGGAUUGCCUGUGCCGUCUGGAAUGGAGCUUUGGCCAUCACGACCGGUAUACUCCUACUGUUGGCCCAAGAGUGGACCCAGAGAUACCUGUUUCACUUUGUGAUUCUAAGCAUUAUGGGCUGUCCUCUUCAUUUUGCAGUAGCCUUGGAAUCUGCUGUCCUUGGCCCCUAUUGCUUCUGCUCAUUUUCAGGCAUUGCAGGGACCAAUUACCUUGGCUGUGCAGUUGCCUUUCCUUUUCCAUUUGCAAAAUUCCCUCAGGACCCACCACACUAUGAGGAGUACCACCUGACACUCCCAGCCUUGGACCUGUGCCUGAGCUUCGUCAUGCUCUGUGUGUCCCUGACAGCGCUUGUCAACCUUUCUGCAAGAUUUAUCCAGAAUGGACACAUAAAUGUAAGCUUCCAGAAAGGGGGAUCCAAUUCUCGUUCCAUCCUGAACGCUAAAAUGGAAAGUCUGACACAUCAAACUCAAGAUGUUCAUAAUGGAGCUGAUCACCUCCUUGUCCUCAACACUGGUUCUUCUUCCUGUAUCUCCAGCAUGGUUGCCGGGUACAGCCAAGCUUCUUCGAGUAGCAUCCUUGUGUAUUCAGCUCCUCUCCAAGAAUGUGAGUUCCUCAAGGACAGGGACUGUCUAAGGUGA